AUGAGUGACAGUGUAGAAAAACAGGAGGCAAGGGUCCUUCAUACACAUAUUCCACCUGUUCCGGAAGGAAUGUCAAAAUCUCAAUGGAAGAAAGUGUGGAGAAAGCAACGGAUCCAGGAAACAAAAUCACAAUAUACUGCUAUUCGCAAGGAGAAACGUCUCAAGGCUAGAGAAAAGAAGAGAGCCAAGAUACAGGAAUUUAUAGAUCGUGGCGAAGAAAUUCCGGAAGAACUGAAGAGAAAACCCAGAGUAAACCUCAACCAAAAGGAUUCGGGGAUCAAAAUCAUCGUAGAUUGCGCGUUCGAUGACCUAAUGAAUGAUCGAGAAAUAGUCAGUAUGAGCACUCAAAUUACGCGUGCAUACAGCUGGAACAAGCGCGAGAACCAUUUUGCAGAUGUUAAGGUCACCAGCUUCAACAAACGGCUGAAGCACAGGUUCGACACGGACCUGCACAAUUCGUUCCACGACGAAUGGAAACACUUCAAGUUCACGGAAGAUGCAGAGCUGCCAACGGAGAACGCUGUGUAUUUAACCGCGGAUACUGAGGAUACAUUAGAAACCCUAGAGCCUGGUAUGACCUAUAUAGUCGGAGGAAUCGUCGACAAGAACAGGCACAAGCUUCUGUGCUACAACAAGGCCAAGGAAUUGGGCAUACCCACCAAAAGACUACCUAUUUCAGAUUACAUCAAGCUAUGUGGCCGGCAAGUACUCACCACUGCGCACGUGAUCCAAAUUAUGCUCAAAUAUUUUGACAAUCAUGACUGGAAAGAAGCCUUUGAGAGUGUGCUGCCUCCAAGAAAACUCGAAGAUAGCUCUCCAGAGUCCACUGAAGCCACUGGUAAGGAGGAAUGA